GCCUCUCUGCGCAUGUGCGGUACCUCCACACGUGUUCACUGUGUGUGGUGAAACGCAGAUUUGGAGUCGCCGUAGGAGAAGCGCCGCACAAGUUUUCGGGUUGUUAUUUCAUCGCUAAUCUUCAACUAACAUGAGACCAGGUUUCAGUCCGCGUGGAGACAGAGGAGGACGAGGCGGAGGUCGUGGAGGGUUCAGAGGUGGCUUCGGUGACCGGGGGGGCCGAGGAGGAAGAGGUGGAGGCUUUAGGUCCCCAGACGGUGGAGGAUUUCGAGGCAGAGGUGGCGGGAGAGGCACCCCGAGAGGAAGAGGAGGCAGAGGAGGAAGGGGCGGCGGCAGAGGAGGCUUAGGAGGAGGGAAAAGGGUUCUGAUCGAGCCUCACAGACAUGAAGGAGUGUUUAUCUGCAGAGGGAAGGAGGACGCCCUGGUCACCAAGAACAUGGUGAUGGGAGAAUCUGUGUACGGAGAGAAGAGAAUGAGUGUGGAGGAAGGAGAGGCCAAGAUUGAGUACAGAGCCUGGAAUCCUUUCCGCUCAAAGCUGGCAGCAGCUAUUCUAGGAGGAAUUGACAAGAUCCAUAUCAAACCUGGAGCCAAGGUCAUGUACCUGGGGGCCGCCUCUGGGACCACCGUGUCCCACGUCUCAGACAUUGUUGGACCGGAGGGACUGGUCUAUGCGGUGGAGUUCUCCCAUCGAUCGGGUCGUGAUCUUCUCAAUGUGGCAAAGAAACGCACCAAUAUCAUUCCAAUCAUUGAAGACGCCAGGCAUCCACACAAAUACCGCAUGUUGGUUGGCAUGGUGGAUGUCAUUUUUGCCGAUGUGGCCCAGCCUGACCAGACGAGGAUUGUUGCUUUGAAUGCUCACAACUUCCUGAAAAAUGGAGGACACUUUGUUAUCUCAAUUAAGGCCAACUGUAUAGACUCCACAGCAGCUCCAGAGGCAGUUUUUGCUUCUGAAGUGAAGAAGAUGAGUGCUGAGAACAUGAAGCCACAGGAACAGCUGACUCUGGAGCCCUAUGAGAGAGACCACGCUGUGGUGGUGGGCAUCUACAGACCUCCACCUAAACAGAAGAAAUGAGGUGUGGAAAAUGAACAGAAGGCUGCCAUCACCAUCAAGUUGAACCAAAUCUCUUUCAAGUUGCUCUCCUUCUCAAUCUCUGUCUAUCUGACAGAGGUACAGCUCUGAGCCACCGUUAGCUUUCUAACUCCAUUUAGUGGGAAUACCAUUCAGUUCUUCCACAGCUGUUGUUUUAGCAUAUGUAACGCAUACAUUGUACAUAAAUUUGUGUAAAAUAUGAUUUGCCCUGUCUCUCUUUCUAAGCCUUUUAAAAACUAAUCAAACUUUUAAAAGUUAACUAGAUUUUAUAAAAUACAUUGGUAAAUAAAAACACAUUUAAACCCAAAAUACAUGUAAUUGAGUUGAAACAUAAUGACAGACUUGAAAAUCCACAAAUGGUUUAUUUGUGCGUUCUUUUCAGAGUCUAAACAGCAUUCUCUGAAGUGUGUAUGGACCAUUCUCUGAGGAAACACAAGAUAAAAACUUAUUGGCUGGUC